GUUACAAACGUCCUAUUUUAUCUUUCCUCUUGUCAUCAACCUCAUACAUUUUCCUCGAUCACAGCAACACACCACGCUCUCUUUACACCAUAUAUACAGUCGUUCUGAACAACAAAGCACACAAACACAAAAUCCACAAUCUCUCUCCCUCUCUUUCACUUAUAAAAUUGCAACUUUCGUUUGAUCUGUGUAAAAAAUUUCUCUUCGCUAAUCAGUUCAAGACUACACUAGUUCAAUUUGCAUCUAAUUAACUGUAUACUGAUCACCUGUAAUAAGUUAACCAUAAUAAUGGGCCAUUAGAAAUACUCUUUCUUCCUGACGGACUUUUUGAUAAAGAGGGUUUGGGGUGGUUCUUUGACAUUCACAAGAAUACUAGUUAUAUCGGUGAAGAUUGGGGUUUUCUUUCCUGUUGGGGCAUAAAUCAUGUCGGGGGCCGGAGUUCAGUUCAAUAAGAGUAGAAACGGAGGCGAUCGGUAUUACAGUGCCGGGAGGGCUCGCCGGAGUCGAGAUUUUGUGCGGAGGGCUAAGAGUGAAGUAGCCUCGCUGCGGAGCCGGAGUGAUGAGCUACCACCGGAGAAAUCUGAGUCGGCAGCUAAAGAUUCGCCGGAAGAGUCAAGAAUCUCGCCUUGGUGUAAUCUCAAAAGGUUUUUGGAAUCGGUCACGCCUUCGGUGCCUGCGCAGUACUUAUCUAAGAUGACAGUGAGGAACAGGAAAAUGUGCAAUGCCGAUGUUCAGCCAUAUUUUGUGCUCAGUGAUUUAUGGAUGUCAUUCAAGGAAUGGAGUGCUUAUGGUGUUGGGGUGCCUUUAAUAUUGAAUGACAGUGAUACUGUUGUCCAGUAUUAUGUGCCCUAUUUGUCAGGCAUUCAAUUGUAUGCUGACCUAUCUAAGAGUACAGAGAACUUAAGGCCGCUUGGUGAAGAAAGCGAUAGUGAGUCCUUCAGGGAUUCAUGUAGUGAUGGAAGCAGUGAUAGCGAACAAGAUAGAGUAAAUGAAUUGUUGUCGAGAGAGCAACAUACGGCAUUUCAAGAAGGUUUUUCUAGUGAUGAGGGUGAAUCUGGAAGUUCACAAAAUCACUUGCUGUUUGAGUAUUUUGCACGGGACCAACCAUAUUGCAGGGAACCUUUGGCAGAUAAGUUGUUUGAUCUUGGUGAUGACUUCCCAGAACUCAAAACCCUCAGAAGUUGUGAUCUGCUUCCAUCGAGUUGGAUAUCUGUAGCCUGGUAUCCUAUCUACAGAAUACCUACAGGACCAACUCUUAAAGAUUUGGAUGCAUGCUUUCUCACCUUUCAUUCCCUUCAUACUCCCUUCACCGGGCAUGAAAUCCCACAUCCUCCCAAAGUUGCGUAUCCAUUUGAGAGUAAUGGUGUGGCCCAAAUUUCACUUCCAGCAUUCGGCCUUGCGUCAUAUAAAUAUAAACUAUCUCUAUGGACUCCAAAUGUGGAGAAUCAACAAUUAGCAAACUCCCUCUUGCAAUCGGCUGAUGAUUGGCUAAAUAUGCUUCGUGUCAAUCACCCGGAUUUCUCGUUCUUCUGCCGUAGGUGAAAAAUAUCUUACGUAGUUUGUGAGUGAGGCUGACUGGACUGGAAUUGGUUUGUUGCCAUAUUUUUAUUAUUGGUGUUGUGUGAAUUAGAAGGGAAAACAAAGCUUGUUAAAAAAAAAUGAGAGAGGACGAAUAGCAGAAUGCUUUUGAGGGCGACUCCCGGUGUGGGAUCAAUUGAGAAUGAAAUUUUGUUUAAGCUGGACAGUGGGCUAAACAUCCUUGCUAUAAACUAUCUUUGCUCUUGUUCCUCGCAUUUGUCUUGUGGUUCAAUAGACCCGGCAAUUUUUAAGCUUGCAUUUCCUUUUGGAUAUUGUUAUUAGUGUCCCAUUUGUUAGAGCAUCUUGAAUAAAUGGUCAUUAUUUCUUCAUGAAAUUACACGCCCUUUACCUCAGUUUUGCUAUGAAGCC